UGUCUUGAUGACAAGCUAGCCUGGUCCCGAUUCUCCGCUCCUCCUCCUAUCUUACCUUACUGCCACCCAGCAUCAACAUCAGGACUCGUCGUCUUGGCUGCCACUUCAGCAACAGCAUCGUCCCCUCCCCUCCAAGCGUCUUGCUCCCUCCCCGCGCGCACCCUAGCAUCGUCGAAUGGCUCCUCCCUCGUCAUCCUCCACUGCCAAGUCGGCUGCACUCGAUGAGCAUUGCUACUACUGCUUUGAGGUGAUCAAUGCCUCACUCAAGCGAACAGGAAGCGAUCUUGUUGUGCCCUUCGAGGAUCAAGGAAGCGAGUAUCCCCUCUUCAUCACUUGGAACAUCUAUCCAUCUUCAACAUUGGGCAAGCUCGUCAAGAGUACUCCAAGAUUGCGAGGCUGUAUUGGGUGCUUUGAGCCUCUUCCCAUCGUCGAAGGCCUAGCAGACUAUGCCAAGACUAGCGCGUUCAAGGAUCGCCGCUUCUCGCCCAUCACGGAGUCGGAGCUGCCUCGACUAGAGUGCGGAGUCUCCCUCCUCACCGACUUCGAGGAAUGCCAGGACUACCUCGACUGGGAGGUCGGCACACACGGCAUCUACAUCCACCUGCCCAACCCUCAACUAGCAUCGCAGACCGACGGAGGCCUGGGUCUGGCAAACGACGGCACUCCUUCCUCCUCGUCUGCCUCCUCCUCAGGCUCCUCAACGCCCGCAGCUUCUGCUCCUCGCAAAUGGCUCAGGAGCAGCGGCUCAGAGCGACCCUUCCUCACAGCCACCUAUCUGCCCGAUGUCAUGCCUGCUCAAGGGUGGACCAAGGUAGAGGCAAUCGACUCUGCGAUUCGCAAGGCAGGGUGGGAUGGUAGGAUCACAGAGUCGACUAGGAAGAGCCUAAGGGUCAGGCGAUACCAGAGCGCCAAGUGUACCAGGACGUACGAUGAAUGGAUGGAAUGGCGCAGCGGCGCCGAGCGGGCAUAGGCGUGGGCGUAGGCGUGAAGCAGCAAGCAGCUAUGUAUGAUCCGUCACUCAUCACUCCGUUUGCAGUCUCUUCUUCCUCUUCACACGAUGACACGAAUAGAACACACAUUCUCCUCU